CGUGAUUCUCGAGGCACAUUACCCCAUUACCCCGGAGUUUUGCCUAGCGGGGAUACGCUCCAGUUACCUUCCUUCGCAACACCAGAGAACCACUCAGACCCUACUCUAACCUUCUCCCUCUUUGCGUUUGCGCCGCCUCGUCAUUCAUCGUCGAAGAUCCUAUCGCCCACUCCAGUAUCGUGACGCGAUUGUCCUACCACCUCUCCAUUCCCGUGCUCGAGACUUUGCUUUUUCGCCCAAUCCUCCUAGCCUGGCUGCCACCUGCUGCACAACCACCUGCCACCACCAAGACUGAGACCCCGCAGCUUUGCGAAUCACACACGACCGCCAUAGAAUUCCUACGUAGUCGAUUAGCUAACGAUGUUCGUCCUACCGCCUCCUCCCUCCAGAUAUCCGAACGGCGUCCCCUAUGGCGGCAUCGGCGGCGCCCCGAUCCCGAUCAUAGAGACGAACAAUACCAUCAAGAACCCCACCGGACCGGAGUACCAGUUCUCGGUCGGCGAAGGCACCUAUGUUCUGAAGGAAGACAUCCACCUCGCGACCCCUCCACCGCACCCGUCCGAAGCCCCGAUUACGAACCCGAACCCGCUCAGCACCGCGCCUCUCCCCAUCGCUGCCGGAACCAGGGUCUCUCUGGUGCAGAUCAAAUCCCGCGACACAAAGGUCAAUAAUAUAUACCGAAAUCCCACGAUCGCGAACAGCCGCGACACACAGGAUGGGGUCGAAUCGAGCGUAUCAGCGGAAACCGACGAGGAGUCGUCCACGGGUAGGGGCGGGUCGGGUUCGUCUGUUACCAGGAGCUCGGAUAUGGCGCACAUACCGGAGAAGUUUGGAAACGGCAACGCGUCGCUUUCGGCGGCGACCGGGAAGAACGUAAAGAAGAAGCCCAAGAACAACAUCGCCAAGAGCAACUCGUCGUUCGUCUCUAGGAUCAUACCGCACGAGCACAUGGCAAAGAGGAUGCUCGAGAGGAGCUCGGAGGAUCUGAUGGCUUUCGCCAACAUCAACAGAGCAUUCAACUGGCUCGAUAUGGACUCGGCCAUCAAGCAAGAACCCUUAUCCAAGAUUCUCUUUACGAAAGCUCACCCGAUCUGUCACGACGUCAACAUGGCGACUCGCAGCGUGAAUCAGAUCGACGUCAUCAUUGGGUUUUCCACUGGAGAUAUCAUCUGGUUUGAUCCCAUCUCCAACAAAUACGCCCGUAUCAACAAAAACGGCACGAUAAACUCGCAUGCAGUCACCGAAAUCAAGUGGUUGCCGGGGUCAGAAAAUUUGUUCCUGGCUGCCCACAACGACGGUAGCUUGGUCGUCUACGAUCGAGAGAAAGAAGACGCGCCAUUUAUGCCCGAGGAUGUUUCGGAUAGCAAUGCAUACGCGAACGGGGCAUCUCCAGCCAGCUUUAUGGGCUUCUUCGGGGUGAGAAAGUCGGUCAAGUCAACGAACCAGAAGACAAACCCGUUGUGCUACUGGUCGGUAGCCAAGGGGCCCAUAACGGCUUUUGCAUUCUCCCCGGACUGUGAGCAUCUGGCAGUUGUUUCAGAGGACGAGAGCCUGCGAGUUCUCAACUUCGUCAAAGAAAAGUUGUUGGACGUUUACUGCAGCUACUAUGGCGGCCUAAUGUGCGUGUGCUGGUCUCCCGACGGGCGAUACAUCGUGGCCGGCGGGCAGGACGACCUGGUCUCGAUAUGGUCAUUCGCUGAGCGACGAAUCGUUGCACGAGGAGAGGGGCACCACUCGUGGGUGUCGGGCGUCGCUUUCGAUCCCUGGCGCUGUGAUGACCGCACGUAUCGGUUCGGCAGCGUAGGCAACGACUGCAGGCUGCUGCUGUGGGAUUUCAGCGUCGGGAUGUUACACAAACCCAAAGCGGCCGUGGCGCAGCACCACCGCGGUAGCAUGUCGAGCUCGCCCACGUACGCACCUGCCGGAAUGACGGGGCGAGUGCGCGGCGAGAGCCAGUCGUUGCGGCUGAGAUCAAACUCCAACAUCGCAGCUUCGGUGCUGGACGAAAUCGACAGACCAACAGUGCACGGCGUAGAUGCACGCGCCCAAACGGCAGUUCUGCCGCCCAUCAUGUCCAAGGUUAUCGAUGCGUGCCCGUUGAGCCAGUUAAUUUUCCGCGAGGAGGCGAUCAUAACGACGUGUGUCGAUGGACAUUUGAAAACCUGGAACCGACCGCCGCAGGUACUUGACAAGGAUCGGACGGGCAGCGAUGUUACGCUCUCGGCUGAGGGGGGGAGUUGAUGGAUAUCAUGUGGUGCCGCACCGUGGCAUAGGUGGAUUGUUUAGUUUGUCCGACGGUGGGUUGUUUAGUUUGUUUGUUUGGAUGGAUGGGCUCGGACUGGGCGGUUUGAAGAAAACAUUGGGCUGGCUGUCUAUUGCUUUUACUCUGCUUUUACUCUGCUUUUUCGUCUGUGUUGGCGAUGUUGUUGUGGAUUUGUUUGAUGCGUUUGAUGCGUUUGAUGUGAAAGCACUAUUUGUCACUCCGAUAGGUACCGGUACCGCUUCGGAGUCCGGAGCGGAGUGGAGUGCGUUGCUGUUUCUGGCUCUGGCUCUGGCUCUGGCUCUGGCUCUGGCUCUGGCUCUGGCUC